AUGGACCUGCCGGCCGAAAUCCAUCUCCUCAUUACCGAACAACUCAUUUAUCCCGAUGCACUAUCCAUGAAACACGUCAACAGAUAUUUCUACAAUCUUGUCGAUACCGGUGUGCGUAAGAAAGUCGAGUGGCUCUGCCAGUGUCGUAAACUACACCUGGGAUGCCCUAACGACAGGCGUUGCGACCUUGGUAGUGACGUGAGGUUUUGCCGAGGCAGCGUCAAACUUCUUAUGCAGCGUUGGAGAGAACACAAUGAAUGUGAAGCUCGUCCCGGCCUUGGUUGUCUGGUAUACAGCACUUCCACGUGCACGCAUCGGAGAAAGCUAAGAACCAGAGUGAAGAGGUGGAUGCGACUAAAGCUCACAAUCGACCUACCGCUCCUGAUCUUGGCCUUGUUGGUCGUGCUUGGGGCCUGGUGGGCUGUACCAUUGCUCUGUUGA